AUGGCGUGUGGCGGUGGCUGCUGCUGCUCCAGCGCGGGUCGCCUGAACGCGGACAACGCGCGGUUCCUCCUGCUGGCGGUGCUGAUCCUGCUCUACAUGCUGUGCGGCGCCGCCGUCUUCUCGGCCAUCGAGCUGCCCACGGAGCGGGAGGCCAAGGAGCGCUGGGAGGAACGGCUGGAGAACUUUACCCGGCGCCACAACCUCAGCCGCGCCGAGCUCCGGCUCCUUCUCCGGCAGUACGAGGAGGCCAACGUGGCCGGCAUCCGUGUCGAUGACAUCCGGCCCCGAUGGGAUUUCACCGGCGCUUUCUACUUCGUGGGCACCGUCGUUUCCACUAUCGGGUUUGGUAUGACCACCCCAGCCACCGUUGGAGGCAAAAUUUUUCUGAUAUUUUACGGCCUUAUAGGAUGUGCAGGGACCAUUUUGUUCUUUAACCUGUUCCUGGAACGCUUGAUCACAGUCAUAGCUUAUGUCAUGAAGUCCUGCCACGAAAGACAGCUGAGGAGGAAAGGUGUUCUCCCUCACAACGGCCGGCGGGGCUCAGGGACGUCGGAGGUGGACAGCCUGGCGGGCUGGAAGCCCUCUGUGUACUAUGUCAUGCUGAUUUUAUGUGUAGCAUCACUCAUCAUUUCCUGCUGUGCCUCUGCAAUGUAUACACCAAUUGAAGGGUGGAGUUACUUUGACUCACUUUACUUCUGCUUCGUGGCCUUCAGCACCAUAGGUUUUGGUGACCUGGUCAGUAGCCAGAACAUCAAGUAUGAAAGCCAAGGCCUUUACCGCUUUGGCAAUUUCGUCUUCAUACUCAUGGGGGUGUGCUGCAUCUAUUCCUUAUUCAAUGUGAUCUCUAUUGUGAUCAAACAAUCCAUAAACUGGAUAUUAAAGAAGUUGUCCUGCAAGUGCUGCCACAGAUGCCAAAGAAGAUUAUUUCGUUCAAGGAGGAACGUGGUAAUGCCUGGAAAUGUGCGCAGCCAGAGAAACAUCUCCAUCGAGACUGAUGUUGUCAAUGAGAGUGACACAGAUGGACGCCGUCUGUCAGGAGAGAUGAUCUCCAUGAAAGACUUCCUGGCCUCAAAUAAAGUCUCAUUGGCCAUCAUGCAGAAACAGCUGUCAGAAACUGCUAAUGGGUAUCCAAGGCAAAUGAGUUGUAAUUCAAAGCAAAACGGAUUCUCUGGUGGGGUUGGAGCCCUGGCAAUUAUGAAUAACAGACUGGCAGAGACAAGUGUGGAUAGGUAAAAUUGUGACAGUAAUAACGGUGAAACAGUGUGAGCCAUUUCAACAAGUAUUGAAACAAUGUGAAUGAAGUGGAAGUAGCUAGGGAGAGAGUGCCACCAGAGGCUGGGAUGAAUGUGAAGGGCAUACCUCCUGAUGGAAGACCGCUGACACUUUUGGGGGGCUGUCACUUAAUGUUUUUGAAUUGCACCAGUCCCAGCCUUCCUUAUUUCCCAUCCCUCUGCUUCUCAAGCAGGUCACUGCAGAAGGAAUUUAAUUUAGCCUCCAGAUCAAAUUUCCAUGUCCUGUUCUUUUCCAUUUAUGUGAAACACAGAUUUCAGGAUAAGAAAUAUGUGGGAUGGGAAGAAACCAAGUGUCUACUGAACACAUCCUUAAUUCAAAGAUUUUUUUUGAGCUUUCUGUCUUAUUCUCAUCAUACCUGUUUCCUGAAAGUAGUUCAUCUGAGACCAAAAGAGGAAUAAGACUUUCUCUAUGAUAUUGCAGAUCUAAUUUAAUGAAAAAUAGUAUGAAAGUUGGUAGGUAUAUUUUGGGGUUAUUGUGAUGCGAAUGAGGAGAGAAUUUUGCCCUUAGAAUUUAAUUUAGUCUUUCCUUUAAGAGGAUACUGUCAAAAGUGAUAGAAUAAAAAUUUAUCCUACUUUUGUUUUCUUCUCUUCAUUUGCAAAACAUGAUUUUUUCCAAGGCUACUUUUUCAUCUAGAAUCGAAUCACUGUGGCUUUCUGUUUCAAAAAUAUCAAAUUAAAUUAAAAACUGAUGUAUUUAUGAGUGGUAUGAAUUAUUCGACAGUAGCAAUCAGAGACUUUUCAACUUUCUGUUCAUAUUUGGCUCAAUUGUGACUGAAGCAAUUGAGUAUCAGCAUUGUGUAGUGCAACUAGUAACUGAGUUUACGCAACAGGCUUUAGUAUGCAAUUAGAUUGUCAUGCCAGCAUCCAGGUAUUAUUUUAAUGACUGUGAUCACAGAAUCACUUUGGCAGUGUCCUUUUUCUCUUUCAUGUAAUUCUGUAAUUCUUCCCCUGUUUCUCUGGCUUUUGGUGAUGAUAAUGACAGGAUCCUGAUUAGGGAGGUAGAAAAUGUUUAACUCCUCAUUUUUCUCAAUGAAAUGUUCUGAGUGUUCAUUAUGACUAGAAAAGAAAUUUCAAUGAGAAGAGUAAUUACAGUGAGAAGAACAUGAAAACAGGAAAAGAGGUGAUCUUUAAUGACAGUGAAAUCAUCCUUUUUAAUAGGUAACUGGAGAAAUAAGGGAUCAAAUUACCAUAAAGUCUGGAAAGAAUUUAAGGCAGACUGGGCUGAAUUCCUGAUUCUCCUUUAUCCAUGCAAUGCAUUAAAGCUAAAUAGUAUAUGAGAGUGUAAAUAAGCAGAGUUGGUCACAAAGGACUGGAAAGGAAUAGUACAUGCAUCAGGACUAAAUGUUGCCUCACAGCCAGAAAGACUUUCAGAAUACUACCAUUUUAGGGAAUUUAAAACACCAUAUGCAGUUCUCAUUUUCUCUCAUACAGAACAAUGCAAAUAGCCUCUUCAGUUUAGUUUCUAAUGGGAAUUAAUAACAUAUCCUAUUUCUUCGUUCUGGCCAAAAGUUCUUUUAUUUAGGUUUCUAAUACUGUAGAAUAACAUUCUGAUACACAUUUAAAGCAAUAUUUGAAUUUGAAAACAAAAGCUUGGAAUUCUUUCAUAUAAUAAACUAACCCCAGAUAUUCAACAAAUGUAUUUAACCAGUGAAAAGAAUUGCAGUCUCUUUUGACUUUAUUAGAGGUAAAAUCCUGAUUUAAAGUCAAAUCCUACUGUCCUUAGUUACAAGGAAAGCUCAAAGCUGAAGUCAUUAGUCCAAAUUCUGAUAUUUAUCAACUCAGCUGUGCAGCAGUGGAAUAACCCUAGCAGUAUCCCUUCAUAUUUGCAUCCAUGUAAAAUCUGAACCAGCUCCCAGACCCUAACUUUGGUGAGAAAAGCAGUCUUAUUUGGUUUUUUGUGGAGUUACGUAUUAGCAAAAAUUGCCACAGAGUUAAUUUAGAUGGUAUUAUAAUACCCAAGAUCCAUUACAUUGUUACACUUUUUUUUUAUCCCAAGACGUUCUUUGUCUCAACCUCACUGAAUAAAAAUACUUGGAUAUAAAAAGAGAAAAGUACUACUCUGAAGCCUUCUUUUCAAAUUCAUCCAGCAAUGCCUCUGUUCACUGCCUGUAACACUAAGAUCUCAUUGUUAUCGGUGUAUUCCUCGUGCUGCCAACUAGCAGAAAUAGUUUAGGACUUGACCCAUUGCUUGAGCAAUCAUUAAGAUGACCUUCAGAUGGUUUCAACUGCUCUCAAGACAUGAGACAGUUAUGUUGCUCUGUUUCAUUCUUUGUGGUACCAAGCCUUGGUUAUUCAUCACCACAGAGGAAUCUUACCAGCUAUUUUCAACACAUCUGAAAGCAUCUAUGGUUGCAAAAGCAAGGGACUAAUAAAUAGUCUUGAUCAAAGAGAUUUGGCAAGGCUGUCUGAGAUCACUGUUGUACACUAACUCUGCUUUCAUUGAGUCCUGACCUUCUGCUCUCUCAAGCACUGCCUUCCUCAUGACACAAGCCUGCCAGCUGAAAGGAUCUUUGCACUGGUUUUGUGGUUGGAUUUCAUGUGCACUGAAGAUAAUGAGGGAAUAACGGCACUGAUCACCUCUAUUCAGAUAUGAAUUGCUGUUCCAGAGAUGAAGGACUGGCAUAUUCUGUCCCUGUGCCAUCUUGUAUAAUGAUGUCAUCCUGUCCCUAAAAGACCUCUGAUUUUGCCGUUGAGUUCAUCUUAUAGCAGCCACACUAUACAUUGAAUGAGGUAGCUUUACCAAGGAGACCAAUAUUCUUAGAGAAUAUUUGGGGAUAAAUAAUAAGACUUUUAAGAUCAGAGAGGGAAAUUUCUAACUCCAGUCCCAUGGUACUACUACAGUGGUUUUUUCUAAAGGCAUUGGACAGAGAAAUCCUGAAAAGCUCCGUGCAUAAUGUAGCAUUAAGUUAUUAAAUUCAUAAAACAUGUGGAGAUAUAAACUUAAAUGUGCCAAAAAAGAGCAGAAUUUAUCGUAGGAGUGACAAAUGCCCAUCCUGUGUGAAAAAUAAGUUACAGCAAAAAUACAGACAACAUCACAUUUCUUGCAUUACUUUUUAAAGUAGCAAUGAGGAAUUAAAGGAAAGAGAGAUCUUAUUUCAAAGCUGUGUAAAUUUUAAUGCCAUAUUGUUUAACACUAAAAUCUCAGUCAACAACAGAAACCUGCUUUCACAAGUAAUGUGUUUCCCUAUUGCCUGCUGAAUUUGCAUGAUGGCUAAUGAGAUAUGGGUGUGGGUUUUUAAGGCAAAAAUGCUUUGUUGGAAACCUUGGAUGUAUUGAGCCUCUGAAUCUGCACUUAAGAGGUCAGCACUUAAAGAGUACUGCUAAAAUCAGUGGGUUAAUCUGCAGGUUGGAGCCUGGCAGAUUGAAACUCAAAAGUCCUUAAAGGAGUAAUCUACUGGAAGUUAGCCCUAGUUAUGCCACAACUUAAUAAUAUCAUUAUUGAACAAUAUAAUUACUACACAUUGGAAGGAAAUAUCUACUGCUAACCAAAAUACAAUCAAAUAAGUAAAGAUAGCUCUUAGGAUUUUCUGCCUAGUUUAGAUUUUGUAACUUUUGUGCAUCAGAUGCUUUGCUGGGUAUGUAGAUGUCAAAGCAGCUACAUUCAUUUAUCUCCAUGAAGGACAUGGAUCUCUUUUUGCAAGGACAUGAAUAGACUUUUUAAAGGCAUUUAAUUCCUGCUGAAAGUCAAUUCACUUCCCACCACACAUUGACUUUCAGUAGAAGUCAGGUACCUAAUUCCCUUAGGCAAUUUCAGAAUCCCAGCCAUAUAUUAGGUUUUGAAUCUAAGCUGACCUGACAGUGUCCCUGAAAAGUUCAAACACUUGGAGCAAAGUUUUGGUGCUGCAGCACUCUAAUAGCUGAGUUCAUUUAUCUAAAAGCCUUUUAUGGUGAAAGCUUUGCAUCAACCAAAUAACACAAGCAAUGUUUACAGUUUGUUUGAUUUAAUCUUGGCCUUUGACAGAUUUAAUUAUAUUCGACACAUUUAUAAAUUAGAGAACAAAGAGAAGGUAAGGCUGGACAUGAAAACCAAACCAGCUCCAUUUCUCAGACUGAAUUAAUCACGAGAAAGAGGUCAGGUUUGGAAAAAAGCUUCUUGAUUAACAUUAUAUUUGAAUUAAGUUUCUCUGGAGAUGGAGGGUAUUAAGUUGUUCGGGUGACUCCUUUCCAACAACUGUGGAAGUGGAGCUGUUUGUGGGACCCGCUGAUGUCCCCACUCUGGGAACUGAAGCUCAGUGAGCCUUAGCUGAGAGAAGGGUCAGCAUUUCAAGUAAUACAGUUGGCAUCUCUUGUUGUUUUGAUUUAUAUUACUAACACUCGGCUUAUAUAGCAAUUUCUUAGAUUCUUCAAGAAGUAGUGAAGUUAUUUUGUCCGAUUUCAUGUACAAACUGUAGAGAAUCACCAAGUGUUUUCUUUCCCCUGGGUAGAAAAUACUGCCAAGUACAAUGUGCCUAUUUGAGAAUGUUCAGAGUAGUUUUUUGCUUAAUCCAGGAAAUAAGAAUGCAAUCCCUUCCCUGUUCUGUAUUUUCCAAGCAUCUAUGAGCAACAAUGCCUACACAAUACUCUGCUUAUUGCUUACAAGGUCGCAAUUCACUAGGAAAAUUAAAGCCAUUGCUCAUCGAUGUGGACCAACACAGUCUUAUUUUUUAUUAGAUUUAAGAGAAACGCAGUGUGAACACAAAGAAUGGCACUUCAGGUCCAAGUAGGCAGAAGCUUUUUGAUAUGACCUGUGUUUAAAGAGCUGUUUCAUGUCAAACCAGAGAAAAACCCUGUCACUGCAGACUUUCAAGGGCAUUAGUAAAUGUAAAAACAACCUUGUGGAAUAGAUGCCCUAAGUUAUAUUCCGGUUUUCUACAGUUUCACUCUAAUAUUUACCUGCAGUUUUUAUUAUUUGAAAUUAUUUGCAAUAAUAGAAUAAAUAAUAUAAAUCUGCAAAGAUUUUGAGAGGCAUGAUAGUCAGAUAUGUUUUUAAUUAAAUAUUUUUUUCCUCAGGAUGCCUAGCUUUUUGUAAAGGGGAACUUUGAUGAAAGGCAGAAUCAACUCUUUCCAAGCAAGGGUACAGUUUCUGGAUUCAAAUGGAUUUCCUGUUAGGUGUACAUGCAGAAGCUCACAGAGAGGCAAGAUGGCCUAGUUUUCAAACAUUAUCUUUUGAAAUGUCUUUCAAAGCUAUUCCCCUUUUAAAGACAUAGAACACUGUCAGUGGUUACUUUUUGUAGUCUUAUCUGAGAAAACUUAACCUUGCUUUUUGAUAUAUUUAGAAGAAACAGAUGCUCAUGAAUUAAAAAGAAAAUAACCUUACAUAACCUUUACAUGUAUCUCUUGGAGCUGCUGAAAUCCUCCUCUUUAUCCUAACUUGAAGUUUACAUCAGAGUUUAAUUUCUCCAGCUCACCAAAGAGGUUUGGUCUUACCAGUGAAUAGUCACAGUUCAAAACCAAGAACUCUAAAGUUGUAUUUGUUCAUCUGUUCUAAAUGCUGCAAUGAGCCCGUGGGUGCCAUCUAGUCUCCAAGCCCUUUUCCAAAGCAGGCCUAGCUAGUUCCUGCCCUUCUCUGUGCAAAUAUCUGUCAUUUGCCGGGCAAUGCUGCUUCUGCAUGUAGCAAUCUGUUCGCAGUGUACUGAAAGUGCCCUUCUCAUAUGAAAUACUGACCACCACCCUGUACCAAGAGAAAGUCACAGCCCCUUCUCUGAGCUAUUGCAUUUGGGCAAGCACUUAGCUCUAAGUUAAACACAUUUCUUCAUAAAUAGCAUUCAGGUAGCUGCUUUUCUCAAUCUAAUACAUAGCAGAUGGGUAUUUUGAUCCCUAGGUAUCAUUAUUGUUGGCACUCUUAAUUGAGAUGGCAAGGACUGAAAAGGUCAGUCUGCCUGCCCUAGGCUCCUAGGCAGGGUCAUUAAUUACCCUUUUAGCAAGCAACUUAUGGCACUGUGGCUUGGCUCUGCACAUUGGAUGUGCAGAGUUCUCAGGAGUGGAUUCUGAUCCACUGAAAUCAAUGAAGACUUUGCUUCUGGAUUCUUUAUCUGGCAUUUUUCACAAGAAUUAAUUCCACUUCACAAAAUAAUCCAAAGAAAUGUGACUAGCCUCUUACUUUGCUUUUACCACCAGCUGUGCAAAUGCUAAUUCUACUCAUGCAGUACCGUGUUCUGUGCUAAGUUAUUGCCCGGGGACCAUUAUUUGGUCUACAAAAUAAUAACCUACUUCUGAUGAAGACCUGCUUAAAAUUGAAAGUAUCCAGAUUAUUGUCUCUAAGAAUUGUUUGGUAGUCAUUCAUUUCCUCAGCUGAAAAAACUGUGACAAAUAACACAUCUUCCAUGAAAAUUCAUUUUGUUCUACAAGGGUAGAUUUUGCUCUGUGCUGACUGUUUGUGUCAGCUCAUUCUUUCCCUCAGCUUUCUUCUCUCAGUCCACACCUGCAAAAUCCUUCUCCUUCCUUUUUUUCUUUCCAUUUAUUUUUAUCUCAGUUCAUCAAAUCUUUCUGCUAGCCAAAUAUACCAUGGGGUUUGUCUCUGCUGAACAUUGCACUGGGAAGUGGUCUCUGUCAAAAAAAAAAUCAGAACCAUACCUCAUUUACUAACUGGAAUGAUAAAAGAUGUGGUUUUAUUAUUUUUCAUUCAUAGGCAUUUGAGUAAAAUUUUUUACACCAGUAUCAGAGGCAGUGAUAAGAUAUUUUUAAAGCAUUUCUGAUGUCUUACGGAAGAAAAGUGCAAGGGUUCAGACUGCACAUAUGUGUCCAUGUGUCUCUGCUCUCUUUUACACAUUGGCCAGUUUCCAAAAAAAUUGCCAAAAGGGAGGACAUUUCACACAGAAUCAACAUCCUACCCCUUUUGAUAAAUCUUGGCACCCCACCUGAGAAAAGGUCUGAGAGGCAGGCUUGCAACCUGUUAGAUACAAGAAAAGCCACACAAAGCAAGUCAGGAGGUAAAGAAAGUGAGGCACACAGAGAGACUGAUGUUCUGAAUGUUCCAUCAGCUGAGAAGGUGUCAAACAGAGCUUACACCUCCUCAGACUUGCAGCAUAGAUCCAAAGGGUAAACAGCAAGUGUUGUGAUAUUUUAGCACCUCUAAAAAAAAAAAGAUCCCUUUAUUCUGUCAGGAUUUUAACUUCUUUAUUCACAGCUCUAUCCCUGCUCUUAGCUCUUCUACCUUCUUGGAUGUCUAAGGCUUAAUAAAUUUGCAUAAAUAACCAAAACUACAGAAAUAUUUCACCUGAUUUGCAGAAGACCUGGUCCUUUUUUGACACCAUGUAAUAGGUCUGUGCAAUAACAAGAAUUAUAAUCCCCAAACUACAGCCCAUGAUGAUAAGAAAAUGGAGAACUUUGUCAAGCUUUAAUGAAUUUCAAGUGUUAGAGAUUUUACAGUUGUCCCAGUCGACCUAUUGAAGAACAUUUUAAUUUUAAACAUAUUCCCAGAUGCUUAAUUUAAUUCUUCCUUGCUACAGCUGAGGCACAUUGUUUGCAUUUGAGCCAUGCUGAAUAUGGAGAACAGAAUAUUCCCUUUCUUUUUGAAAGGGAGGUAUUUUUUACAGUAGCUCAUCUCAGUCUUUGCUAUCCCAGACUAGAAAAAUACCCUUCCAUAUGUGACACUUUCUAUAGUUGCUCUGCCAUGCUCCAGACUGUGCUUGAUCCUUGGUCCACUUUUUAUUUUCCUUUCAAGGAUGGUGCUCAAAAUCAGAUAGAGUGACACAGAAAAUAUGUUGUUAAUAGAGCAUGGAGCAGCAUGAUUAUUUUCCAUAUCUUAUCUACACAUCCUGUUCCUUUAGUUUCUGGGUUGGUGCUUGCUUGCUAUUUUAAAACACUGUAGAUUCAUCUUGAGUUUUUCAUGUGCCAUCAAUGCCAAAUUCUGUUCUUGCAAAAUUGUUACCCAAACUGUAGUGCCUCCAGUUAGUGCCUAUGUACCAUUUCAUGUACUGUUGUUGAACAGUUUCUAUUUUUUCAGACCCCUUUCCCGUAUCCAUUUUUGUUUGAAUCCUAGUCCUUCAGCAUCUUUGCCAUAAGUGACUGUCUGGGGUCAUCUGCAGACUUGAAACUGUGUUCCCUAUCCUGUCAUCCAAGUUAGUAAUAAAAAUAUGGACCCAGAGCAAGUUUUGCAAAACCUUCUUCCAGUUUGAAACUAAACUACUGCUCUAUACAUACUGUUGUCCAAACAUUGUUUCCCAAUCAAUUUUACUCUCAUAUUGUGUUAAUUUCAUCAAGUGUAGAUGACAGUAAGCUGCAAUUGCAAUAUUGUUAUUCCUGAUGUUCAGAUAUGAGCUAGAAUAGAUUUAACUUUCAGAUCCUGAUAGAAUUUGCACAACUGAUUAGUCGGUGGAAAAGUGAAUCUUGAUUAGCAAGGUCUCCAACAUAAAACUUCACUCUCUUCUUUUACAGUUACAUAUUAUAAAAUAAUUGUGUACCCAGAGCUACAGAAGUAGAUGAAACUAAUAGAAAGAUCACAUGGAAGAAUUCAGUCUGAAAAAUACAAAAGUGCUUUGGCAAUAUAUGGAAGAACUUGAGCUGGUUUUUUUCCUCCACAACAUGUAUUUCUGUUCUACAGAUUAAAAUACAUAUAAAAAAGUGAAACAUCAUCAUGGAAUAUUUGUCUACACAUAUUAUUUUAAUUUAUAUUUAACCUAAUCAGCUAAAAGUACCGAAACACGGAAUAACUAUUUUAUUGUGUGUGAUAAAAAGGUUUUUCAAGAACAUUCUUCCCUUUGAUCUGUCUGCCUGUUCGUUAUCUUUUUUGAAACAUUCUUCUCCUUGAGGGCAGCAGGAAUAGAACCAUGCGACCAGCAGAUGUUAGAAACUUCCUUGCUUCAACACCCAAACAAAUCUUGUGGAUUUAAUGCUGAAUGUGAAGGACUGCAUUAUUAAUUUGUCUAGUCAUCUUGGCUUAUGGUCCAAGCAAAUGUUUGUCUGACAGAAAAAAAAAAGGGUAUUAAAUGUACUUUGCGUUCCCCCCAGGUACAAAUCUUUCUUGCGGGGAAGCUGGCUUGAGCUAAGGUUUGCUAGAGGGAAGUCAUGCUGCUCUGUCUCUGAACCCUGGAGAGUUACACAUUAAAUAUACAACAUUGGCUCUGUAGGAAGUACAUCAAUACAGUAAAGCCAUCACUCUCUUAAUCUUGAUAAACUUCAGAUGAGCUCAUGAGAGGAGUUGUAUCACGACUGUUUGGCAACAGCAAUAACUGUAGUAAGCUGUUUCCAGAACAGAGCUAAAUGGGGCCUCUGGAAUUAGAGACAAUGUAGAACAGGACCGCAGAGAGGAAAGUGAUGAGAAUUCACUAAACAUACUCCUCAUCUUCUUACUCUCAUUAGGAAGGGACACUGCAUGUCAAAGACUGGAUGUAGGUUGGGACUUUUAAAAGGGAAGCACUGGUAUCCUUUCAGAUGCAUGGUAAAGUGGAAAUUUUUAAGGCUGAUUUUUCAGGAAAUGUGUAAGCAAAUGCAUGCAGCAUCAUGAUAAUCCUAUUGUCAUGGUAAACUGCAGCAGGAGAAUAUGUGAUAGUCAAAGUGUAUGAGUUGUUAUUGUAGGUAUAGAGUACUCUUCUGAAGGGAAGAAAAGUACUUAAAUAUCUUAAACAGUCUAGAUUCCUCCUAGAUAAAAUUUCCAAAAUAUCCAGAUUAUUUAGCUGCCUGAAUUUGAAAUUAGAAUUAUUUUCAGCCAAAUUCCACUGGUCACUUUAAACCAGCAGCUAUGUUUCCAACACCAGCCCACUUCAAUAGUCCCCUUAUACCACAGCUCCAUAGAAAGUGGGCAAUGUGCCCAUGUCACCCCAAAUGCCUUCUUCGACAUGAACACAGUCACCACACACUUCCCUCUCCGCACACGCAGCUGGGGCCCCUUCAUGCCAGGAGGGUUCAAAGGCAUGCACAGCCCUAUCCCAUGAGGGCUGCUGUGUUUGCAGUAGCAAGGAAUUUCCUCACUCUUAUGACUUGUUUUUAUGGUUAUCCAGCUCUGAUUUUCCCUGGGAGUGGGCUCUCCAACUAGGCAGCCACUCAUCCUGUGUGCUUUCCAAGUUCCACGUCUCAAGGUUCCUACCCAGCCAUCCACAGUUCAUGCACCACAGUAGCAGAAAAGGCUGUGCCUUGGUCUGUCUGCCCAGUCUCUGCAGAGAUUUCACUGUCCAGCCAGCAGUUGCCCAGACCCCCUGCUAGUUCCAGGGACAGGUACUCCAUCCCCCUUCUUCACAAUGACAGCCUAAACCAAUAUUCAACAUUCAGAUAGUCUCAACUCCUUUCUGUAAUCAUGGCAAGGCCACUGUGAAAUCCCGUUUUCCACAUUUUUAAUAUGCCCUUCUCCUGCACUACCCCUUCCCCCCUGGCCAGAGCUCCCUAAGGUGGCAGUGGCUGGAUAGGCUGCUAAAAGGCCAGGGAACAGCUGGCCCUUCCCUUUCCUGAAGCACACUUCUCUUCUACGCACUUAUAUUCACAAAAUUUGUGGAAAUUUAGUACCUUUCACAUUUCUACCUCUGCAUAUAAUGUCUUUGAAAAUAACCAAGAGGUUCAAAUGCUUGAAAAGAGCCCAAACAGUUUAAUUCCCAGCUCAUUACCACCAACAAUUGCAAGCAGGAGGCAGCAACCAUGACAUGCCUCUAAUACUAAGUAGGUAUUGUGAUGGGAGAAAGGAAUCUGCAUCUGACUCAGUCCAACUGCCAGGACAAAUAGUCUAAAAGCUAAUUAGAAUCAGAGUAUUUCAAGGUAGAAUAUCAGAAUAUUUCAGGGACAGUGGAAAAUCUGAACAAAGAAUAGUGUUUCACAUUUAUGGAACUAGAGAAAAUUCUGGGGCACUCCAGAAACACUGGUAUUAGCAAAUGUAAUACUACAAGCCACUUGAGUAUAUCCUGUUUUAAAGGGAAAACAUUAAAUUGCAUGAGAUAGGUUCUGAAUUAUACUUAUAGAGGCAAGUAAAAAAGCUAUUGUCUGUAUUUCCAAAGGCAGCAGAAUGAUGACAUCUGCUCAAGAUGCAAAGUAAACAAAAAAGAAAAAACAAGUUAUAGUGCAUUAAGAUGUGUUAUUGUACUAUAAAGAUAUUAUAUAUUUCAUUUUCCUAGUUAUUAAUAGCUUGACAAAAACAUGGUCCUGAAAGUAAAAAAAUAAAGGCCAAAGAAAAGCAAUUAAAAAAAUCCAAAUCUGAGGUCCCUAAAUGCUUACUUCCCAGGUACAUACGUAGAAAAACGGUAGGACUAUUUGCAAAUCUGAGUCAUUAAAUAAGUGUGAGUCUUGCUUACACCGUGACUGGAAGGAAGAGGAAAAACAAGGAACAGAGGGCAUGACUGAGAAAAGCCAGUCCCUCAGCAGGAGCUGUGCCGGGUGCUCAGGAGGGCAGCUAUUCCCUCCUGUGCAGGUGCAACAGAAGUAAGGCUCACAUGUCUCACUCAAGUCCCAGGGUGUCCAGCAGAAUAACCAAAUUACCUCUUGUAGAAUAAAAGGAACAGAGCAGAUAAAUAUCUAAUAUUUCUUUGUCUCCAUUGAAAGCAUUUAAAAGGAUUAAGUUGGGGGGAAAAAAGACCAAAAAAAAGCAAAUAAAAGAGGGGGAAAGUGCACUUUUAAGAUUAUGUUUAGUUAAAGGAGUACAAUAAUCACAUAAAAAAUGCAACAGAAUUUUUAUAAUAGCAUAAACAAUAAUUGUGCUAUCUGAUUAAAAUAACACUGCUGAAUUUCAUUCUUCCAGCCAGAUGAUGUUU